AUGAUCCUUCCCUUCCAAUCAAUUACUGGGUUCCUGAUCAUACUGUUUGCUUCAAUAAUAUGGCCCAGUGAUGUCUCUGCUUUCAUGCAACCAAGAAGUAGCGGUCGUGUUCUCACAAACCAACGAAAUACUGAAUUAUCACACCAAAUGGUGUUUGAACGCAUGUCAGAAGAUUGUAUUGGUGCCAUUGUGACUGCACAGAGAGAGGCUCAAAAGUGUGAUCAGAAGCAAUUAGAAGCUCCCUUCCUUAUUGCAGGCGUCGUCGAUAUGCCUGGAUCUCCUGCCAUGGAGCGCACCUUCAAUCAAUAUGGGAUUACCUGGAGAAAGACAACUCAAGCUCUCCAAGCGAUGUACCCGCCCGAGGGAGAAUCAAAUAAACUUGGAGCAUUCUUCAAAAAACAAGAUCCAGACGAUGAUUUGCCGUUCAGCCGAGAUGUGCAAAAGGUCCUCAAGUCUGCUGGAAAUAUGGCCGACCAAAUGGGAUCCAAAUCGAUCCAAUCACAACACUUAUUUCUAGCAAUGAUGGAAUUUAAGGAAGGAAACCCAUCUACCGCAGUGACAGACAAUGUCAAGAAUGGAGCGUAUGCUGUCAUCACCAAAAUUGAUCCAAAAGUCAAGGCUAUCGAAGUAUGUGAGUCUCUGUUGGGACAUCUGCAAGAAAACUUGGAAAAGGAACGUGAUUUAGUGACUGGAAUCGGAGAAGGCGCGGGUACAAAGACAUUGGAUGAAGUCGGAAUUGAUUUGACGGCACAAGCCAAAGAUGGACUAUUGGAUAUCGUGCAGGGGCGUGACAAGGAGAUCCAAUCGUGCAUGCGUACCUUGGUCCGACGUCGCAAGAACAAUGUUUGCUUGAUUGGAGAGCCAGGUGUUGGAAAGACAGCCAUCGCAGAAGGAAUCGCUCAAAUUCUUGUAUCUCCUGAAUGUCCUCCGAGAUUGAAGGGAACACGGCUCAUGUCAUUGGAACUUUCUACUCUUGUUGCGGGUACAAAAUACAGGGGGGAAUUCGAAGAACGCUUGCAAGCCAUCAUCCAAGAGGUGACAGCACCAAAGGCACCGCCGACAAUUCUCUUUAUUGAUGAAAUUCAUAACUUGGUAGGCGCUGGAGCUGCAGAAGGAGGUAUGGAUGCUGCUAACCUUCUAAAACCAGCUUUGGCACGCGGACAGCUUCAAGUAAUCGGUGCGACAACAAUCUCCGAAUAUCGCAAAUAUAUUGAAAAAGAUGCAGCACUUGAGCGAAGAUUGCAACCAUGCAUGGUCAAGGAGCCCUCAGUUGCGGAAACGACCGAGAUCUUGAGAGCGAUUGUUGCCUCUUAUGAAGAGCAUCACAGAGUUAAGUAUACCCCAGAGAGUCUGGUAGCCGCUGCUAAACUAUCCGAACGCUACAUUUCGGAUCGUUUCUUGCCAGAUAAGGCAAUUGAUCUACUGGAUGAAGCCGGAGCAAUCACUCACUUGGAGGAAUAUACUGACGGUGUUGAGGCUGCUGAUGAAGCCGUUGCGGUUUUGCCAGUUGUGACCGAGCAUACUAUUGCAGCAGUGAUCAGUGAGUGGGCUUCAAUUCCUCUUGGAAAGUUAGAAUCGGAUGAGAUGGAUCGAUUGGUUGACUUGGAAGCUGAUAUUGGAACUCGGGUCAAAGGCCAAAGACGAGCUAUCCAGUCUGUGUCCCGAGCCGUACGUCGAGCAAGAUCUGGUUUGCGUGAUCCAAACCGUCCAAUCGCGUCGUUUAUGUUUUGCGGCCCAACUGGAACAGGAAAGACAGAGUUGUGCAAAACUCUUGCCGAGCAAUAUUUUGGUUCCGAAAAAGACAUGAUUCGAAUUGACAUGUCAGAAUACAUGGAAAAGCACUCGGUUGCUAGAUUGACGGGGCCACCACCUGGGUAUAUUGGGUACGAAGAAGGUGGCCAAUUGACAGAAGCAGUUCGAAGAGCACCACACGCUGUCAUUUUGCUGGAUGAAUUGGAGAAAGCACAUAGCGAUGUGCUAAACAUUCUGUUGCAAAUUUUGGAAGAUGGAAUGCUUACUGAUGGACAAGGCCGAACGGUGAACUUCAAGAAUACAAUCCUUAUCAUGACAUCCAACGUUGGAAGUAAGAGAAUUGUCGACAUGUCACGAUUGGAAGCGGCUGCGCGAGAUGAGGGAAUGAACGGCAGCCAAGAUGUUGAAGAAGCGUUGCACGCCAGUCUUUCGGAGGUCGUGAAGGAAGAACUCGAAUAUGCGAUGAAGCCUGAACUGCUCAACCGUAUGGAUGAAAUCGUCGUUUUCUCGCCGCUUUCGGAUGCGAACUUGAACAGCAUUGCUGAUUUGAUCCUUGACCGAACGGUGCAACGAGCACAAACCGAACAGGAGUUGACAUUAAAGUUGAGCCCGGAGUUGUCACAAAAGGUGACGGAAGAAGGAAGCAGCAAUGCUGCGCAAUUUGGAGCCCGACCGAUGCGUCGUGCUGCACAAAGAUUCUUCGAGGACGCGAUCAGUGAUGCCAUUGUUCGAGGAUUCUUGAAACGCGGUGAUGACGCUGUUGUUGGACUCGGUGUCGACGCUGACGAUCGAUCACAUUACAAUGUGGAAAUUACAAGAACCAGUGAUGGUCAAGUGUUGCAAGUUCCGGUGGACAAGGUCAUCGGAGGCAUCGGAAAAUCAUCAUACUCCCAAAUUUCCACCGAAAUGGCUGGGGAAGAAUUAUCCACGGAUGCUAUGGACUCUUCGGUCCGGACAAAGAAAAAGAAGCGUCUUGAUUCCCCUGUUCUCGACACGGAACCCACAAUGUAA